GUUGCCAUCUCAUUCCUUUUCUAAAGCUUUUUGUCAUCAUUCUCGCAACGACGCCGUCUCCGUCCCACGCUGCUCUUAUAUAUUAGUUCUCCCGUUUCAAACCCCUUUUCCCUCAUCAUCAUCGCCAUCUUCAUUAAUUUUUGUUUCAGAAUUCCAUUUCCGCGUUAAAAGAAAAAAGGCCCCAAUCCGAGCACUCUCUUCUCGAUCUGUUGCCUCAAAGCAGGUUAGAGAGAUCUGAGGAGAGGAUUAUUGUUGAAAUUAGAGAGAGAGAGAAUGGCGCAUAAAGUAGAUCAUGAGUAUGAUUAUCUGUUCAAGAUCGUGUUGAUUGGGGAUUCAGGUGUUGGAAAAUCUAAUAUUCUGUCUAGGUUUACUAGAAAUGAGUUCUGUUUGGAAUCUAAAUCCACUAUCGGUGUUGAAUUCGCCACCAGAACUCUCCAGGUAGAUGGGAAGACAGUAAAGGCACAGAUUUGGGAUACAGCAGGUCAAGAGCGGUACCGAGCUAUUACUAGUGCAUAUUAUAGAGGAGCUGUUGGUGCACUUCUUGUGUAUGAUAUAACCAAGAGGCAAACUUUUGAUAAUGUUCAAAGGUGGCUCCGUGAAUUGAGGGACCAUGCAGACUCCAAUAUUGUCAUCCUGAUGGCUGGAAAUAAGUCUGACUUGAAUCAUCUAAGAGCUGUUGCUGAGGAAGAUGGUCAGGCUUUGGCUGAGAGGGAAAGUCUUUCAUUUCUUGAGACAUCAGCGUUGGAAGCAACCAAUGUUGAGAAGGCAUUCCAAACUAUAUUGACUGAGAUUUACCAUAUCAUAAGCAAAAAGGCAUUGGCAGCACAAGAAGCUGCUGGCAAUUCAACACUUCCUGGUCAAGGAACCACUAUCAAUGUUGCUGAUACAUCAGGGAAUACAAAAAGGAGUUGCUGCUCUACUUAAGCUUACAUCUGAGGAAGGAAAUCCAUUGCUAGCAUAGCAAGCAGUCGCCAUUCUUUUCCUUUUAAAGAAAAUUUUAUAUUCAAUUUUUGGCUGAGAGAGGGAGGCAUGUAGAUUACUCAUCUUUUACUUGAAUUGAGUUUGUGAAGUUGGAAGAAGAAAACGAAGAAAAAAAAAACUGUUAGAAUGUUAGGAUAAUCUGUUCCGUCUUUUGUGUUUAUGUCUUGUAUGUUACUUUUGAAAGUGGAAUUGACUGAUAGCAGGAAUGUAGAGUGAGAUCACACUAUCUCAAUUGGGAGAAAUAGUGGGACAGAGCCAUAGAAGGGGACAUCUUUUAGUACUUAUUCUGGGUUUUGUUUGUUGAGUUACUUCCUAACUUGUAAUAAAUGUUUUUUUACCCUUUGGACAUGUCUUUCAAUGUAUUGUUUACCGGCUUACCUGAAA